AGGUGGGUGGUUAUAAGUAUGCCUGAGCUCGCUGUGCUCAUGCAUGCUCGUAGCUGUCUGAAGAUCCUCUUGAUAUCAAACAUCAAACGCAGCCAUGGCCGAGGAAAAGAUCCAAUCGCCAAUUACACCAGCAAGCGAUUCCGACUCAACUCGAGAGGAAUCGGACAACAAGACAACCACAGUUGUUGAUGUAACCGAAAACAACGUCAGGGGAACAUUGGCAGCAGGUCAUCUAGACCACAGCAAUCCAUUCGCAGACCCUGCCGUAGCAGAACAUUACAGAGAUCUGUACGAGAAGUCGCAGUAUGAAAGUCGCGCAGCAUUUGAUCCUACGCUAGAAUGGACAAAGGAAGAGGAGAGGAAGCUGGUCCGCAAGUUGGAUUGGCAUGUUUGUUUGUGGGCUUGUAUCAUGUUCUUUGCUCUUCAAGUGGAUCGAGGGAAUCUUAGUCAAGCAGUGUCGGAUAACUUGUUGGAUCAACUGCACUUGACUACUAAUGAUUUCAAUCAUGGCAACACCAUCUUCCUCGCCUCAUUCCUCUGCGCUGAAGUACCAUCCCAACUUAUUUCCAAAAGAAUUGGACCCGACCGUUGGAUUCCUACUCAAAUGACUCUAUGGUCCAUCGUUGCCAUGAGCCAAGUCUUUUUGUCUGGGAGAGCCAGCUUCUUCACUUGCCGUGCCCUUUUAGGUGUUCUUGAGGGUGGGUUUAUUCCAGAUCUUGUGCUUUGGCUCUCCUAUUUUUAUACUAGUCGGGAGCUUCCUAUCCGACUGAGCUUUUUCUGGACGGCUCUAGACGUCACCGGUAUCCUCACCUCUCUACUAGCAUUUGCGCUUCUUCAUUUGGACGGUGUACAUGGAGUAGCUGGAUGGAGAUGGCUUUUCCUAAUCGAAGGAAUCAUCACCCUAACCGUCGGCAUCGCAGCCUUCUUCCUGAUGCCCGCAUCAGCCGUCCAAACAAAAGCCUGGUUCCGUCCCAACGGCUGGUUCACGGACCGUGAAGUCGGCAUUGUGGUCAAUCGCGUAUUGCGAGACGAUCCUUCCAAAGGCGACAUGCACAAUCGACAGUCCAUUACACCUGCCAGACUAUGGGAAUCUAUAAGAGAUUAUGACCUCUGGCCUAUUUACGCUUUAGGCUUAAUAGCCUAUAUCCCACAAUCCCCUCCAGGAACAUAUCUAACCCUCACUCUCCGAGAAAUUGGCUUUAGUCCAUUCACAACCAACCUCCUAACAAUCCCCAACGCCGUCUUCGGAAUCUUCACCCUCCUAGGCAUAACCCGUCUCAGCGAAGCCGUCAACGAACGCACCUUCGUCUCCAUGCUCCAACCGCUCUGGACCCUACCCUGCAUCAUUGCCCUGCGAGUCUGGAAAGGCUUGCUUAUCGAGAAAUGGCAGACUUACGCGUUGAUGACGGUAUUGCUUAGCUAUCCUUACUGUCAUGCUAUUCUUGUCGGGUGGACGUCAACAAACUCCAAUUCAGUGCGCACACGGUCUAUUUCCGCGGCUGUGUAUAACAUGUGCGUACAACUCGGCAACAUCAUCGCAGCCAAUAUCUACAUCGCAUCAGACAAGCCGCUCUAUCAUAAAGGAAAUGAUCACCUGCUACUCAUCAACGGGCUGGUGAUCGUGCUGUUCUUGUUUACGAAGGUGUAUUAUGUGACGAGAAAUCGGGUGAGGGAGAGGAAGUGGGAUGCGAUGAGUACGGAGGAGAAAGAUUAUUAUCGAGCUACGACGACGGAUAGGGGGAAUAAGAGGUUGGAUUUUAGGUUUGCGCAUUAGAGGGGUGGGUGGAGGAGGUUUUGAUAUCAGUUCCGCCAUCUGUCAUCCGAGAUGAUCUCCUCGAGCUUCGUUGCCGAUCAAGGAAUGAGAGUCGAUCACGCCAAGGGUGGUUCU